AUGCCAGUAUCUUGUUUUGAAACUAUAAAGGAUCCCCCGAAGAGUGACAGAGACAAAGUAAAAGUUAUGAAGGGAAAAAAGGCAAAGCUACUGACAGAAGACAGCGCGGGCAGUAAAAAUAAGCUGGCAGGGCUGGGCAGGGCAGCGUGGUACGGCCCCGUCUGCGUCUGCGACAGCCCAGCAGUGACGGCCGCCUUUGUGCGGCGCGGCCGCUCCAUUUCUCAUAACGGAGGGCGCACGUGGUCCGAAUUGAAACCACUUGGGGAGAGUUGGGACGGGACAGCACAUGUUGGUCGCAAAUUGGGGCAAUCGGCAACGUGCGGCCACAAAGGGCUGCCGCGAGCCCCCUCCAUUGAACCGGGCGAGGGCGCUGGCGGCAGCGGCGGCGUUAUCAGAGCAAGGCCGGGUGAGCCGCCGGCGAAACUGCCGCGAUUGAUGGCGCCGCUCCACCUGUUAUCACGGGCCACUUCCGCCGGUCGCGGGCUACUGGAGCACAGCGUGCGCCAAGACAGCUUCUCCCAUCAGAAGCACAGAGGCGGCAGAUCAGAGGCCGCCGCCGCCGCCGCCGCCGCCGCCGCCGCUGCUCCACUACCACAGCAUGGCGGUGGCCGCGCUUCACUGCCCGCUAUCCCACUGCACGCACGUGGCGCCAGUACUGGCGACCGCCGCCACGGCAUUAGGCAGUCAGAGGAGCGAGACCGCGGCCGGGGUGCGGGCAGCCCCCGCGAGAUCCGGCAGGUGGCGCAAGGCUUGCUGGGAGUGGCGUUCCGUGUCGCCGCGCUGUCCCGGCCGACACCCCGCGCGCCCGACCGCCUGGCCACUAGCUCUACUAGGGAGCGGAUAAAAAGAAGCGGCUGGCGGAAGGAGCAGCGGAGCGGGAAGUUGUGUGACCGUGGGGCAGGACCAGCUGCCGGGGGGACGGAGGGGAAGGGAGCGCCGUGUGUGCACCGCGUUGUCAGCCCAAAGUCAACUCCCAGCAGUCACCGGGCUCUGGUGCCCGCCGCCCACGGCUCCUACCAACACUACGAGUAG